GAAAGCAACAAUAAACUAAAUUCAUAGCCCGUCCUCAGCCUCUCUGGGUGACUGCAGAAGACAGAAUUGUGGCAUCCCAACAGAUUGGAAGUUGAGCGAGUUGAGGACUAUGUCUGAAUGCAUCCAGCUCUCAUUUGCUGUUUGUAGAAUUGGCAUUUACACGUGUUUUAGAGCACUUUGCUGCAAAGGACCACCACCACCACGACCUGAAUAUGACUUGGUUUGCAUAGGCCUCACUGGUUCUGGCAAGACAAGUCUUCUGUCACAGCUUUGCAGUGAAAGCCCGGAGAAUAUAGUGUCUACAACAGGUUUCAGUAUAAAAGCAGUGCCAUUCCAGAAUGCUAUCUUGAACGUAAAAGAACUUGGAGGGGCUGACAAUAUCAGGAAAUACUGGAGUCGUUACUACCAAGGAUCCCAAGGGGUAAUAUUUGUAUUAGACAGUGCCUCCUCUGAAGAUGAUCUAGAAACUGCUAGGAAUGAACUGCAUUCUGCUCUCCAGCACCCACAGUUAUGUACUUUGCCGUUUUUGAUACUGGCCAACCAUCAAGACAAGCCAGCAGCUCGCUCCGUACAAGAGAUAAAAAAAUAUUUUGAACUUGAGCCACUUGCUCGUGGGAAGCGCUGGAUUCUUAAACCCUGCUCCUUGGAUGAUAUGGAAGCAGUAAAAGACAGCUUCUCCCUUCUAAUAAACUUGCUAGAAGAGAGAGACUUCGAACCUUCAAGAAUGUGAAACGCAAGAGAGAAGAGUGGUUCUCCAGGCAUCACUGUACCUGCACAUUCUGCUCACAGCUGAAUUAUAACGUGCUAUCAAGACUGUGCUGUGAUGUGUUGUUCAUACACAGUUAGUGCAGAAUGUCCUUUUGUGAAAAUAAAUAUUCUGUGAACCAGGUACACAACUAUUUCCAGUAAAGUUGUCUACACUACUGAAAUAGGGAGUUCCUCUUUGUUUACCGCUGUUUCUGCACACACACUGCAUGUUCCUUUCUUACAUUGCAGUCAUCCUUGAUAGGAAAUUUUACACGCACAAAAAUAACAUAGUCUGUAGAGGAGGAAUUCUACCUGCUACCUUGGUUUUUAAAAAUAACUAAUGUCUUAAGGGUUUGUGAGACUAAUUUGUAUUAGCUUGUUUACUGAUCCUACAGUAUGGAAAGCACAGCCACUGAGUACCUUAGUAGGAUACCAUAAAAGCAAGCAGUUUCAUGUUAAUGCAAAGAUUAGUCCUGAAGUUUUACUUAGUAAAAACACAGUUGACAAGUUAGUUGAUUCCUCUUCUAAAGUGACAGCAUAACCUUGUCAAAGGCAGAACCGUUAUUUUGCUGGAAGUUUCCUGAAAGGUGAAUUAGCAAGCAGAUGUGUGCAGGUAACAAUAUUUGGGAAAAAUAAGUGAUGUAAACAAGUGGUCUAAGUAAAAAUAUUUUUAGAAAAUAUACAAAAGUUGGAUAAAGUAAUAAUUUUCAUUUAAAGUAGUUUUCCAUAAGAGAAGCAAAACAAAUAUCUGUUAAUUCAGCUAUGGAAGCUUUAUUACUAGUUAGGAAUAUGACUGAUUUUAGAUAAGGAUUGCUUCCUUUAUCACUCACUCCUGGAGUACUACUCUUCUCAUAAAAUUGCUGAGGCAUCUAUAUCAUAUUUAAGGGCCUUCCAGUGUUUGUACUAUAAGCUUCUCUUUUCAUGGGGAUAAUUGCUAUUCUUUCAAACUGCUUCUGGGCUGAAUGUUACUUAGAAGACAAAAAAGUAUUCAUUGGAAAAAAUCUUUUGAGAAAAUCCUAUUUAGUUCCAGUAACACAGUGCAUAUUUCCCCUUCCCAAGUUUUCCCUAUGGUAGGUUUGCAGUUUUUUGGCUGCCUUUUGCUGAUUUUUUUUUUAGAACCUUAUAAACUGAUUUUGCCCUUGAAGGCAUCACACCAGGUCACUGGUUCACCAUUAAGUUAGUCACAAGAGGGUAUGUGCAGAUCAGUCACUGGACUGGUGCACGCCUUGAGUGUUGUGCCUUCUGCAUCCAGCUACCCUCCUGCACGACUGUCUGCGAACACAAACGGUCAGUGUCAUGUGUCAGUGGUUCCUCGUCGACUCUCCUUGUGUUUUGAGACUCGUAACUCCUUUUUUUGAGGGCUUUAAGCAACAUAUCUUCCCAUUCUCAGCAUUUAUUUUUUAAGUUUGAAGUUUAUUGUAGUUUCUCACUAGUUUAUUUGGGAAUAAGAAAAUAGCAAGGAUCAGCUUUUAAAGGCUUAUAAAAGCCAUUUCUCCAUUACUUGCAAUUAUACUCUUUGUUAAACAAAAUGUUUUUAAUAGGUUUUUUGUUUACUUUUCAAUUUCCAUGGAUUUCUUGCAUUGCUCCCUCAGAAUUAUUUCUGUACAAAUGAUGAUCACUGUUUUAACUUGCUUCCUAUUAUCAGAAAGAAGCUGGGAAAACUGGUAAGCUCCUUGUUUUAUUUUGUGAUAGAAUAGGCAGAAAGCCUGAAGGGCAUCUCUCUUUGUUUUGUUUUGUUUUUUUCUCUUUUCUGCCAGGUCAAUUGUCUCACUCUUGGAAAUACCCAAGAACUGGAAUUGUUCAUUUUAAAACAAGGAGAGGACCCUUGUGUUGGUUCUCUCUGCACAGUUUAGAUGGGACCCAGCUGCCCAUCAGUUUCUCCUGUGUGGGUUAAGGAGGCUCCUUUCCCCGAAUUUAGAGAGGAACUGGAUCAGAUUUACAGUUCCAAACUCUCUCUUAGCUGAUGUGAGCUUGGAGGCUAUGGAGUCCACAGAUAUUCACCAGGUACCCAGAUUUCUGUCCUGUUUAGGGACAGUAACAAACACAAAGUGGUGGGGAGGAGUGAGCAAAUUACUUCCCAGAGAAGGCAGGCAGUUUGGAGAGGCAAAAAGAGGGACUGAGAGCUUUUACUUGCUUUUUCAUUGAGCAUUAGUUAGAAGAUGAGAGAGAAAUUUUGUUUACAGUUUUUCCCCUUCUUUCCCAUAUUAAAAUUAUGGACCAAAAGCUACAGCAAGUGAAAAUAAGCCCAACUGUAUUGCAUUCUUAAAACCAUGUUUAUUUGUACAAUCAGUGAGCCUGGUCUAAAAAAUUUAGAGUUUCCGAGUUACAUUUUGGUCGUGAUUUCCCAACUUUGCACUGUUGGAAGGUGCUAUGUGACUAACAUGCAAAAGGCCCAAGCAGUCGAUGAGAAUAUGGUUUUAGCAUGUGCCAGUGGCCACGUAGACUGGGACCUUGUGACACUUAAUGCUUUUUCUUAAGGAAAAUGCCAACUGCACAGGAGCAGUGAUUUUAUUUUUUUUUUCAGAAUGAUUUUGAAUAUGCUUUUUCUUACUAAUACAGUGAUCAUUCCUCACCACAGGUUGAAAGAAUACCUCAUAACUGCUUAAGGCUAAGACCAACACUUAACUUUACUUUGAAUGUAGUGCUUCUGUGGUUUUGUGUUGUGGAUGGACUUAAUGGAUGUAUACCUUUUCAAUGUCUAUGAACACUUUCACUUUUUAAUGGGGAAUUAAAAACGUUUGUAGCAGCUCAUGUCACACUUCCUUGUCUAAAGUGUUGUUGGAUGCUCUGGCUUUGGUAGAAUGUGUAAGCACCAUGCAGUUUCUAUGCAGAUGACCAAUCUCAAUUGUUUCUUUCUUUUUCUUUUUUUCUUUUCAAUCUUUUCACGUGUUCAUCAUUUAGGUGAAAUAAACUUGUGCACUAGGCUCUACUUUCCAUGCAAGUUCAUCAAGGAGUGAACAUUGUCUUUUUUAAAAAAGAUACUGUGCUUUAAUGUUCUUUAGCCAUCUGUUAAAUUACUUUGUGCGCGUAUGUGUGUGUAUGUGUAUGUGCCCACAUUGGGCUUCUUCUCAGACCUGUGGCUGUCUGCAGUGUCUCAGCCAUCAGAAUGAAAACAUUAUCAAUCAGUAUCCAACAACAGCUGGUUUUGACAAGCUUCUGUCUGCUGCCUAACGCUUUUACAACUUGUCAGUAAGGCCUCUUUGUCUGCCCACUCUGGGCUGGUAAUCUUCCUGCUUCCAUGUUGUGUCCUGUACUUGUACUUCUAGCAUUUGUAUGGAAAAAAAAGUUAAAUCUUAGUGGGGUUUUGAUAUUCUCCCUUGCUGUAUGAUGCUCUAUGUGUAUCUUUGCUUGCCUCUUCAAAUGUGCUAUACAAAAAUCUGUGAUGUAUUAUUUCAUUUAACUUCUUGCAUUUCAUUAUAUUUAUAGAAGUUGCAGAUUUUUGUACCGUAUUAGUUAAUACAGUUGCCUUUUUGUAAUGGCAAUUAAUUUAUAUUACAGAAGUUUGUAUCUUUACUGUAGUUGAAGGUAUUAGUUAACUGCCAUAUUAUCUUGACUUUAUACUAAAAAUACAGUGUCUAUACACAGAAGUUGACCCUUUCAAGUGGACAACUGCUGACAUGAGCAACUUGUACUGUUUGUGAUUUAUACAUGAUUUCCACUAUCAAAAAAAAAAAAAGAAAAAAAAGAAAAUAAACACUGUGUAGAGUUGAGUUGCUAAGUUUGGUUUUCUUGAGUAGUAGUCAGUUUGGGAGUAUGGCGUAUUACCUUGAUUAGGAAUCUUCAAGAUACGUUACUCACUCCUAGAUGAAAACAAAUAUUACUGUAUAAUCAUUGCUAAAUUAUACAUAGUUGCACCUUUACAAACACGCAUAUAUAUAAAAUAGAAACUUCCAAAAAUUGGCUGAUUUAUUUUCACAGCAAGAUGUUGUUACUCUGGAAAUACAUCUAAAUGAUAUUGAAGGUUUAUUGGUGGAGCAGAGAUUGAGGUAAUCUUUAUACAAUUAUUCCGUAAUGUUAAACUGAGGGGCAUGUUUAUGGGACGAGAAAUUAUUUUUAAAUAAAAUGACAUGGCAAACUACGGAUACCCAAAAAAGCUACAGAUGUUGAACAAAGGAAAAUACUAUACAAAAAAUAAAAGCUUGCUGAGACAACUCAAUGUUACCCUAUCAAACACUGUUUGCAUAGAAAAGACUCUCACAAUGUAAGUUGUAACAGCUGAUAGAAGUACAGCACUGCUGAGCCAGACUGGAGUUGCUGAUUCAGCUACUGAGGUAUGUUUUUUUCAUUUUAUAAUUUUUAAUUCUGUCUUUUACCAAGACUAGGAUGGAAAUAAAAGAUUUGGAAACUGCGAA